AUGAAGAAAGAGGAGGAUAGGCUUGAGAAAGGGGAGGAAGAAAGAAUGAAGAAGAGGAGGAUAGCUGAGAAAGGAGGAGGAGAAAGAAUGAAGAAAGAGGAGGAUAGGCUGAGAAAGGAGGAGGAAGAAAGAAUGAAGAAAGAGGAGGAUAGGCUGAGAAAGGAGGAAGAACAAAUAAUGAAGAGAGAGGAAGAUCGGCUGAGAGAGGAAGGGAGAAGGAUGAGGGAGGAGGAAGAAAGAGUGAGGAAGGCCGCAGAGGAAGAUUGGCUGAGAGAGGAAAUUAGGAUAAAGAGGAUGGAGGAGGAGGAAAGAAUGAAGAGAGAAGAGGAGGAUAGGCUGAGAAAGGAAGAAGCAGAAAGAAUUAGGCUUGAAGAAGAAAGGGAAGAGGAAGAGGAGAGAAGAAGAGAUGAGGAGCAGAGAAAACUGAUGGAGGUAAAAGAGAGGUUUAGGGUGGAGGAAGAAAAUAUGAAAAAAGAAGAGUUGAGAGGACAGGAAGAGAAGAUGACAGAGAAGGAGAAAAAGAGGAAUGCACAGAUGGAGGAACAGCGAAGGCAUGAGGAGGUGAGGGUAAAGUUGGAGGAAGUUGAGCAGCAGAUGGCGCAGAAUAGAGAGGCAGAGGCCAUCGUGUGCAAUAAUCCUUUUGAGGAAGUCUCUCCUACCACUUCAUGUGAUGACACCUCUUCAAAUAACCCGUUUGAGGAGACCCCCACAACCUCUUCUACUGGUCCCAUCAGCUGCCGAACAAAUAAAGUAUCAGCAGUCAAGCCAAGGUCAGUCCCACUCCCAAACCGCACACACGAACACACACACACAUGCACGAACAUACACACACACUAUUUUACUGUCUCAGUUCCCCAGAAUUGUGUUACCCCUUAGAUGUCAUAAAUUAUGGAUGCACUAUUUAUUUAGUCUGCAAAAGCAGCUGGUGGUCUCCAAAAGCAACACCCUCGUUUCUGCUGAACCCCCCUGAAGUCUGUCUCCUCAUCCACACACACCUACUAACGUCCCUGUCUCGUAUCAGACAUCCCCUUUCAUCUUCUAACAGAACUAUAUAAAUUAUGCUAACAUUCUCUUUCCCUGCGCUGUCAGUGCAGGGUGGCACAAGUCUGAUUAGAGUGGGAAACCUGCCAAUUUGUCUGAGAAUACUUUUAUACCACCAGUUAAUCAGGGGAGGCAACAAAACUGAUUAUGGAUGUGGCACAAUCAUUAUAGCUGCUUGUAGAAACUCAGCUGGAUGCAAUUGGGAUGGUUUUAUUGGAUCUGUACGGCUGUGGCACAAAAUACAGAUUUGAGCAGAAAACCUGUCGUUUUAUCAAAGACUUUGGUACAGGAAAGUGUUCUGUCUAAUAUAUUAAGUCAAUUGAAACGCUUGGUAAGAGUUAGAUCUCAGUGUGUUGGCGUCAUGGCCAUUUGGUGUGAAGGGAGUGUGUAAGCUAGAUGUCAUGGCAUCUGUUUGCCUGCGUGGUGCAUGACUCUACUUCAACAUGCACAUCUCAUUAAAGCACGAUUCCCUAAAGCAAAGAUGGGCAACUUUGAUGGGGUUGGGGGCCACAAAAAAUCUGAACUCAUCAUGAGUGGCUGCAGUUGCUCGCGGGUCUGCGUACCCAUAAACAUCCCCCCCUACACAUUUUGCUAUGGCACGGAGAGAAUAUUUAGCCAUUUUAUAACUAAUUUCAUGCAAUUCUACUCAUUUUGUCAUGGGGUGGAGAGGAAUGUUUGUAGUUUUUAAUAUGAUAUCUGAGUGAGACUGACUAACAAAAUCAAUGGGGGCCCCCAUUGAUGUGGAUGUGGUGUGCAUCUCAGUGGCUGUGUUUACACAGGCAGCCCAAUUCUGAUCUUUUUUUCACUAAUUGGUCUUUUGACCAAUCAGAUCAGCUCUGAAAAAUAUCUGAUGUGAAAAGAUCUGAUGUCAUUGUUCAAAAGACAAAUUAGUGGAAUAAAUAUCAGAAUUGGGCUGCCUGUUUAAACACAGCCCUUGUGUCUUUCUAUUGGAAACCUUUGGCUCAGCUGAGAUUGGCUGCUCUUCCCACCUAAUUGCUCCUGUAAGUUGCUCUGGAUAAGAGCGUCUGCUAAAUGACUAAAAUGUAAAAAAUGUAAUGAAUCAAUCGUACCUUGUUAUAAAGAUUCUACAGAUGUCAUAGUAAAGGUGUUACAGAGCGACACAAAGCAUUAGGUGAUUGCUGAAGUUUUUAAUGUCUGUAUCCUGAUGAGGCUGGAAUGAAGAAACCAACCAAUAGGAUGACAUGACUCAGUAUAGUCAAGGCAAGGCUGUUAUGUGAACAGGGAAUGGUUCAGAGGCUACAAACAGUAUAUUUUAUAGUGAUCAUUUUUCAAUUUUUUAUUUCUUUCUGUUCCCUAGUGUGUUUGUGUAACUAAGCUAACCGUUAUAACUAACCUUCAGGUCCCUCUCAGAAAGACCUAAUAAAAUGAAAUCCCACCCUUUCUCUCAUUGUCUUGUCUGGUGAAUUAGUUCCACCCUAGUAUCAACUUUGUUAGGAUGUAACACCUCUGUAGUUUGUGUUGUCUUCCUCUCUGCUAAAUGUGUUUGUGUGUGUGGAUUCCAACAAGGCUUGUUUUUGAUGAGGAAAAAAAAAUAGAACGCAUUGAAUUUAAUUCAAUAUGUUUUUCAUAACAUUGCAUCAUUACGUUUUAGAAACAAAUCCUUUGUUCUUAUAUAUAUAUAUAUAUAUAUAUAUAUAUAUAUAUUUUUUUUUUUUUUUAAAUAUUUAAAAUGUUUUAUGUGUGGUAGUUAGACCUUGUCAUCAGCAAAGUUCAAAUGUGUGAAGGCAACCAUCUCAUACAGCUGUAAAGUGCUCAUUCUUUGUCUUACUGCACCCUCCCCUCCCUAACCCUGCUCUUCCAGACCCUCGUCAUGGGUAAACCCAUCUCAGCCUAGUGUAUCUUCCAGACCCUCGUCAUGGGUGAACCCGUCUCAGCCUAGUGUAUCUUCCAGACCCUCGUCAUGGGUGAACCCGUCUCAGCCUAGUGUAUCUUCCAGACCCUCGUCAUGGGUGAACCCAUCUCAGCCUAGUGUAUCUUCCAACCCCUUCUUAUCGUCCUUGUCUCCUGAAAUUGAGAGUUCUAUGGACUCCCCUAGAGGCGAUGGGGAAACCAGAGGCGCCCAGGAUCCGUCUACUGAUCUAAUGGAAGAGAAAGACCCUGCCCCUCUGCCCCCCAACAACCAGCGCUGGGCUCGUAUGGACAACUGGCCUAGCAAGGGCAAUGCUCAUUCUGCCACAGCUAACCUCGCCCUAACAAAGCCAACAGAACCGCCCCCUCCUCCAAGACGUCAAUCUUCCACGUCACUGGUGGGAAGCGGGGAUGACCAGGAGAGUGUUAGUGGUCAGGACCAUUCCAGUACCAGGAUGGACAAGGGUCCUGCUCCACUGGCUCCAGAUAGACCAAGCCAGGCUCCAAGCCAGACACCGAGGGACCAGAGUAUGACCAGAGUGAAUCUGGGACAUAAGGACAGAGUAGGUGCCUCCAUGUCCAAGGUCUCUCAACGUGUGGUACAGAUGAUCACACCACUGAGAUCUUCCUCCACAGCUACAACAGAACACACCAGUGGAGGCCAGAGCUCUACCCGCCAUGGGAACCAAGCAGAACAACACAUGCCAUCUGCCACUGGGGGGUUGAGGGUGGCCAAACACAAUAAAGGUCCAGCACCCUCGAGGCCCCAGUACCCUCCAGGGAAGACGAUGCCAAAAGCUGAUGUAUUAGAUAAGCAAUUGAAUACUGAGGAACAUGACUCUUCGGUUGAGUUUGAUCCAAAUAAUCCCUUUGCAGAAGACUGCAGAAUGGAGAAGUCCUCUGGACGUGGUGAAGAACAGAGACUAACUGGUGAACAUCAGGAGAGCCUGGACUCUCACAAUCAUCAGAGUUGUACCCUCACAGAGGCAGAUCCAGGUUCAAUGCAGAAUAGUGUGGUUAGGGACACAAUAGACCUUCCAACGCCAGAUGUUCUGCUAGCUGAGGAUGGCUCCCGUCCCAUCAAAAGCACAUCAGCAAAGUGGGUCAGUGCUCCCUUGCCUCCAUUGAAGAAAACAUCCACCUCUAGAGAGGAGGAUACUGGUAAACACAGUUCUGUAAAACUGCAAAGCCCAGGGGCUUCCACUUCGAGUAAGCUUUCCUCAGGUAUCUCAGAAAAAACGCAGAAUUGCGGUGUGGGUGUGGCACUAAAUUGUGUUACCAUUGCCCAGCGCCCAUGUGUACCCUCACCUGCCCCCUCCUUCCUACCCCAACCCAAGCCCCUGAAGGGAUCAGGGGGCAGGAGUGACUGUCCUCCCCAGACAACAAGCUCUGUCCCUGGCCAGAGGACCCUGCUUCAUGCUGGAGCUGUGUCCUCCAUUGCAGAGCAGUGCAGUGGAGAGGAGGUGGGAGGGAGAGGGGACAGGCCUACCUCAAGCACAUGCAGGUGAGAGAAAGAUCUGUAGUGUGUAGCAGCCUUGUGCUCGCCAUGAAACCUCUCCUGUACUGUAGUUCAUUAAUGUAGUUAGAUUCAUAACGUUAAACUAUGUUAAAAAUAAUUAUAGAUUUCCUGUACAACUUUUGAAAGGUAUUGCAAAAACAACUUGGUCAGAAGUUCCAUUGAUACAAUUCAGGAAAGUGAAAUUAAACAUUUUAUAAAGAGAGUAAAUUCAUGAAGUGUUCACGAACAAUGCAUCCUACAAGCGAUUGGAAAAUUGUUUUACAAAUGAAUGUGACCUUUGUAAAAUGUAAUUAUCCGGAUAUCCCCCAUAUCCACCUGCUGCUUCUCCUCUAACACUUCAGGAAAGUUUGAGCGACUCUCACUGUCUCUGUCUCCCUGUCUAUCUCUAUUCAGGCCCCAUCCAGUAAAGCCCUUGAGCUCCCUGGAAAACCAGCCAGCCUCCAACAUCCAGGAGGGGCAGGCUGGCAAAUCUACAGGAAUCCUUGGUGUCCUUCAAGAGAAGAUAAAGGUACUAAUGCAAUAUAUCUCUGCCAUGAGGGAAAUUGAAACAGCAUUGAGUGAACCGAUGCACACCAGCAGCAGAUGAAAGAGCUACCUACAGAUUCUCUCACCAGUCAACAUAGAUCUGCUUUAGGCAGGAGGUGUAUGUGUACUGAAUAAUCAGACAUCAUUGUGUCUACAAUCUAUGUUGGGAAAGUGUGUGUGGGGGGGGGGGGGGGGGGGGGGGGGGGGGGGGGGGGGGCAUACUUAAAUUCACACAGGACACCAGAUAAGAAAGGAGAAUUACACCAGAUAUAACAGACUGACCCUAGCCCCCCGGCACAUAGACUAUUGCAGCAUAAAUACAGGAGGCUGAGACGGAGGGGGGGGGUUGGGGGACACUGUGGUCCCGUCCGACGAUACCCCCGGACAGGGCCAACCAGGCAGGAUAUAACCCCACCCACUUUGCCGAAGCACAGCCCCACACCACUAGAGGGAUAUCAACAGACCACCAACUUACUACCCUGAGACAAGGCUGAGUAUAGCCCACGAAGAUCUCCUCCACCGCACGAGCCCGAGGGGAUGCAAAACCGGACAGGAAGAUCACGCCUGUGACUCAACCCACUCAAGUGAUGCACCCCUCCUAGGGACGGCAUGGAAGAGCACUAGUAAGCCAGUGACUCAGCCCCUGUAAUAGGGUCAGAGGCAGAGAAUCCCAGUGGAGAGAGGGGAGUCGCUCCAGUGCCUUGCCGUUUACCUUCACACCCCUGGGCCAGACUACACUCAAUCGUAGGACCUACUGAAGAGAUGAGUCUUCAGUAAAGACUUAAAGGUCGAGACCGAGUCUGCGUCUCUGUUAGCAGUUGAUGUUAUUCUUUAAUAACAUAGACCCCAAAGCAAAUCAGGGGGAGAAAAAUAUAUUUAUUCAAAGAGAACUAAUCGUAGUUGUUGUGCUGGAAAGUAGAUGGUAGAUGUUCAUUCUUCGCUGUCAAUGUUUUCUCCACUGAACAAAGAGGCAGGAUGUAGUUUAUAGCCUCAAGCCUAGCAUGUGGCUGACCAAUUAGAAUUCCUUUCAAUCAAAUUUGGCCAAUGGCCAAAUACCAAGUAUCCUGUUUCAGGCUCAAUGUAUAGACAAUUUGGACCAAUGAGAACUUGCCACAUGUAGCUAUGAGUCCCUGGUUGGAAGCCCUACACAGAUUCUAAACAGAUGUUGAACUGAAAAACAACUAUUUCCAUUUAUCGUUAAUUCCCUCUUGACCUCUAGUCCUCUAUUGACCACUAGUCCUCUAUUGACCACUAGUCCUCUUCAUUGUGUAUUUAUCUUUGAAUAUUCUUACAUCUCUCACAUGGAUAGGCAGACCAUUCCAUAAAAAUGGAGCUCAAUAGGAGAAAGCCUUGCCUCCAGCUGUUUGCUAAGAAAUUCUAGGGACAAUAAGGAGGCCUGCGUCUUGUGACCGUAGCGUACAUGUAGGUAUGUACGGCAGGACCAAAUCGGAGAGAUAGGUAGGAACAAGCCCAUGUAAUGCUUUGUAGGUUAGCAAUUAAACCUUGAAAUCAGCCCUAGCCUUAACAGGAAGCCAGUGUAGAGAGGCUAGCAGCCGUGUUUUACACUAACUGAAGUUUUAUUUAGUGCUUUAUCCGGGUACCCAGAAAGUAGAGCAUUGCAGUUGUCUAAUCUAGAAGUGACAAAAGCAUGGAUUAGCUUUUCUGCAUCAUUUUUGGACAAAACGUUUUAGAUUUUUGCAAUGUUACGAAGAUGGAAAAAAGCUGUCCUUUAGCAGACGCUAUUAUCCAGAGCGACUUAGUGAGUGCUAACAUUUUUCGUACUGCCCCCCCGUGGGAAUCGAAUCCCCAACCCUGGCGUUGCAAGCGCCAUGCUCUACCAACUGACCAAUGUUCGUCAAAAGAGAGAUCAGGGUCCAGAGUAACGGCGAGGUCCUUCAGUUUUAUUUGAGACGACUGUACAACCAUCAAGAUUAAUUGUCAGAUCCAACAGCAGAUAUCUUUGUUUCUUGGGACUAGAAGUAAAAAAUGAAUGUCUGGAACACAGGCUUCCAGGGUAGGCAAUUGUGGGGCUUUCAUCGAAAUGUACAGCUGUGUGUCGUCCGCAUAGCAGUGAAAGUUGACAUUGUGUUUCCGAAUGACAUCACCAAGAGGUAGAAUAUAUAGUGAAAACAACAGUGGUCCUAAAAUGGAACAUUGAGGAACGCCGAAACGUACAAUUGAUUUGUCAGAGGACAAACCAUCCACAGACAUCUUUCCGACAGAUAAGAUCUAAACCAGGCAAGAACUUGUCCGUGUAGACCAAUUUGGGUUUCUAAUCUCUCCAAAAGAAUGUGGUGAUCGAUAGUGUCAAAAGCAGCACUAAGGUCCAGGAGCACAAGGACAAAUGCAGAGCCUUGGUCUGACGCCAUUAAAAGGAAAUGUACCACCUUUACGAGAGCAGUCUCAGUGCUAUGAUGGGGUCUAAAACCAGACUGAAGCAUUUUAUAGAUAUUAUUUGUCUUGAGGAAGGCAGUGAGUUGCUGGCAACCGGCUUUUUCCAAAUCUUUUUAGAGGAAUGGGAGAUUCGAUAUAGGCCGAUUUUUUUUUUUUUUUUUUUUUACAUUUUCCUGGUCAAGGUUUGGCUUUUUCAAGAGAGGCUUUAUUACUGCCACUUUUAGUGAGUUUGGUACACAUCCGGUGGAUAGUGAGACAUGUAUUAUGUUCAACAUAGGAGGGCCAAGCACAGGAAGUAGGUCUUUCAGUAGUUUAAGUUGGAAUAGGGUCCAGUAUGCAGCUUGAAGGUUUAGAGGACAUAACUAUUUCCAUGAAUGUGUCAAGAGAUACAGGAUAAAAAAAACUUGAGUGCCUCCAUUGAUCCUAGGUCCUGGCAGUUCUGUGCAGACUGAGGACAACUGAGUUUUGGAGAAAUACACGGAUUCAAAGAGGAGUCCGUAUUUUGCUUUCUAAUGAACAUGAUCUUUUCAUCAAAAAAGUUAAUCAAUUCAUCACUGCUGAAGUGAAAACCAUCCUGCUUUUUAGUAUCAAAAAUAAAUGUUGGAUUGUUCUUAUUCUCCUCAAUUAGGUUGGAAAAAUAGGAUGAUCGAGCAGCAGCAAGGGCUCUUCGAUAUUGCACGGUACUUUCUUUCCAAGCUAGUCGGAAGACUUCCAGUUUGGUGGAGCGACAUUUCCAUUCCAAUUUUCUGGAAGCUUGCUUCAGGGCUCGGGUAUUUUCUGUAUACCAGGGAGCAAAUGUCUUGUGACAAAUGUUUUUUGUUUUUAGGGGUGUGACUGCAUCUAGGGUAUUACGCAAUGUUAAAUUUAGAUCCUCUGUUAGGUGGUUAACUGAUUGUUGUACUCCGACAUCUUUGGGUUGGUGGGGGUAGUCUGAAAGGGCAUCUAGGAAUCUUUGGGUUGUCUGAGAAUUUAAAGCACGGCUUUUGAUGAUCCUUGCUUGGGGUCUGAGCAGAUUAUUUGUUGCGAUUGCAAACAUAAUAAGAUCUACAAAUUCUAUAUCUACAAAUUCUAUAUUUUGGGAGCGGCAGAAAACAGUUUUCAACCAGCGAUUGAGUUGUGAGACUGCUGUAGAGCUCAUCACUCCUCCUAACUGGGAGGGGGCCAGAGACAAUUACUCGAUGCCGACACAUCUUUCUAGCUAAUUUACAUGCUGAAGCUAUGUUGCGCUUGGUGACCUCUGACUGUUUCAUCCUAACAUCGUUAGUGCCAACAUGGAUAACAAUAUCCCUAUACUCUCUACGCUCGCCAGUUUUAGCCUUAGCCAGCACCCUCUUCAGAUUAGCCUUUACAUCGGUAGCCCUGCCCCAGGUAAACAGUGUAUGAUCACUGGAUGAUUCUUUUUAAGUCUAAUAAUGCGGGUAUUGGAGUCGCCAAUGUCUAGGGUUUUCAAUUUGUCAAAGCUAAUGGUGGAAGGCUUCGGCGGCUCAGACCCCAUAAUGGGUGGAGGAGAGACCUGAGAAAGUUGCGGGGACUGUGCUGGGGGAUUUAUACUACUAUCUGUACUUACUGGGGGCACAGACGCUGUUUCAACCUUUCCUACACUUAAAUUGCCCUUGCCUAACGAUUGCAACUGAAGCUGGGCUUGCAACACGGCUAUCCUCACCAUAAGGCGAUAGUUCUUGUGUAUAUUAUGAGUACAGCGACUGCAAUUAGAAGGCAUAGUGUUAAUGUUACUACUUAGCUUUUUGGGCUGGUGGAGGUCCUGUAGAACCAUGUCCUGAUAAAGCCUCCGGGGUGAAAAAGUUGAAUAAAAAAAGUAGAGCGAGGAAAAAACAAAGACGUUGGUAAAUGUGUUAAAUGCUGAUUUUAAUUAAACUGUAAUUAAUUGUAAAACAGGUAGCCAAGUAGCAACAAACAGCACAGCAACACGGAGACAAGUCCGGAAGUAACACUUGCAAUUCCUCCCAUCAGGAGCGAGGUAGAAUCAUGUGUGGAAUAUGUCAUAGACUCCAGGACUUAAAAAUAAGAUCUGGUUGACAUUGCACCCAAGCAUGCCAUCCAUUACACGUGGCUGAAAGCUAUAACUUUUUUGUACAUUGAAUAUUUUCUGCUUAUGUAAAGAAACAAAAUACAGGAGCCCUGGUUGGGUGCUUAAAGUUUAGCAAUAUUUUUUAAGAUGCUCUUUGUAGGGGUUCAUGCAUAGACUAAACAUUGCUUAAUGGAUAAUACAUGGCAUAUCUUUGGAGAAUUCUAUGGAAAAAUAUAAAUGGCAUGGACUCCAUUCCCUCCUUUCUGUCUAGGUCAAAGACACAGGGGUCAAAGGUCAGUACUCCCAGCUGACCCAGGAGGAGCUGAUCUCCCUGGUGGUGAAGCAGCAGGACCAGCUCUCCAAGAGGGACAACAAGAUCAAGGAGCUGGAGCAGUACAUUGACAACCUGCUGGUGCGCAUCAUCGAGGAGCAACCCAGUAUCCUGAUGUCCAUGAACUCACUCAAAUGA